CUGAAGGGAUGAAUUGAUGGUUAAAGAUGGAGAGAGGCAGAGGAGGAGGAGGAGGAAGGAGUGUGGGGGGCUCUGGACUACACAGGAGCAUUUACUCCCAGUCCCAGCAGCAGUAUCAUUAUCCUGCCUCCUCUUCUCAGGCGGGCUGCAUGGAAAUCCAGGAGCUGGCCUCCAAAAGAGUGGACAUCCAAAAAAAGAGAUUUUAUCUGGAUGUGAAGCAAAGUUCUCGAGGUCGUUUUCUGAAGAUAGCCGAAGUCUGGAUAGGAAGAGGCAGGCAGGACAAUAUCAGAAAAAGCAAGCUGACUCUUUCUUUAUCAGUAGCUUCUGAAUUGAAGGAUUGCCUGGGUGAUUUCAUAGAACACUAUGCCCAUUUGGGCUUGAAAAGCAGCCAGAGUCACCGGAAUGACCACACUAAUGGCAAAGAACAAGAUUCAAGAAGGCGGCAACACCAUCAACUACCCUCACCUCCGGCGUCAGUGGGAUCUGAGGAACAUCUUCACAGCGUCUUAAAAACCGAAUAUAUUGAAAGAGACAAUAGGAAGUAUUACCUAGACCUAAAAGAGAAUCAACGUGGACGUUUCUUAAGGAUUAGACAAACUUUGAUUAGAGGACCUGGCAUGAUAGGAUAUUUUGGUCACAGUUUGGGGCAGGAACAGACUAUUGUCCUUCCGGCACAGGGAAUGAUUGAAUUCAGGGAUGCUUUGGUCCAGCUUAUUGAAGAAUAUGGGGAAGGAGAUAUAGAAGAAAGGAGGAGUGGAGGUGAUGAUCCUCCUGAACUCCCAGAGGGGACUUCCUUCAGGGUGGACAACAAGAGGUUCUACUUUGAUGUGGGAUCUAACAGGUAUGGUAUUUUUUUGAAGGUAAGUGAAGUGAGGCCUCCAUACCGUAACACCAUAACUGUCCCAUACAAAGCAUGGACAAGAUUUGGGGAAAACUUUAUCAAGUAUGAAGAGGAGAUGAGGAGAAUUUACAACGGCCAUAAAGAGAAAAGAAUGGAUAUCAGAGGGGACAGUGGAGAAGAACAAGAGGGUCUUGAUUAGAAUGUUUUUCAGCAGGCCAAGAAUCAAAGCAGAGAAAUGCCAGAAGAAAGAACUGGAUUCAAGACAUUUUCAGUUCUGGCAGUUACAAAAAUGGAAGAGCAGGCACAUGCAAAUAAGUAAACAUUCUGAAGAUACUGCUGACUGGAAGAAGAAUGUAUUGCCCACAAAACAAGGUACAAGUGAAUAAGAUACAGAACAGAUUCAUAUUCAGUGGUAUCAGUUUGGGUUAUAUUACAAUAAAAAUAGUUUUAAGUAUACUCAUACAUCCAUGCAUUUAGUAUUAUCUUAGAGAGUAUAUGUAUUUGCAAUUGCAAGCAGUUUUAAUAAGUUUUUGUGUGAGGAUUCUGCCUUCCUUGGUCCCAAAAUAGCUAUAUUAUGUAUUUUCCCUGAAUAAAUGUAUGAGAUCCCAGUAAAUCACUGCAAUGAUAUACAGUGUGAAUUGCUUCCACUGAAAAUGGAAGUACCUUACUGAUUUCCAGAUAUGCUGAUUAUCCCUUGAGUUGAUACGUAAAACUCUGCCUUUUAAGUAGCCUAAAAAGUAUUCUUAAGAAAACCAAAUGGGAUAUAAGGCAGGAAAUUAUUAUCUAUCUUCAGAACAAUAGUUGUGUGUUAUAAUGAUAGGUUUGUGGUGAAAGAUGAAACUUGAAGGCAAAUUAUUUUUUUAUCUAGGAAUCAGGAAAAUGAAAUACCAGUCAGAAUAUAUGAGAACUAUCUUCAGAAGAAGGUAGGGGCAAAACAAUAGGAAGGUGGAAUUCCUAAAAUAAGCCAGUCUUGCUGCCGAUCUUAUGCAAAGCUAUUGCUUGACAAGUAUCAUGUUAAAGGCAAAACAGACGAAGGAUUGUAAGUAGUGGCAAUGAGAUAUUUACAUUGAAUGAAUACAAUUAAACGUUGAAAAAAAAAUCAAAUGAAAAAGUACAUAUUGCCCUUUGACUUCCCUCUUCAGUUCAGUGACAAAUACAAGAUUAAAAGAAAAGUUGAACUAGUGAGCUUUCUAGGAUGAAAAGGAAUAGGAAGAUUGAAAGCGGUUACAUGGGGCUAAUACGUGAUAGAAGAAACCAGAAGAUUAGAGCUAUAAUACCAGCAGUAGUCACUGAGGUAGAAAAUAUGGGUUGGAGGCAAGCCUCACCUUCAAUAAAUUUAAGUGUUCGUUCUUUGAAGAUUUUGGUGAUGAAAGGGGAAGGCCAAUUACUGUGCUCCAUUUUGUUCUGGAGAGUCCUGCAAUUAUCAUCCAGAAUAUGAAUUAAGAAGACACAAAUGGUUAUAGGAGAAUUUGUGGCUCUCCUCUCCACCCCCUUUCAACAGUAGGAUAGUUUUCUCUAUGUAAUUGUUUGGGGAUGCUCCUGCCAAUGAGAAGAAAGACGGGAUCCAGAGUUGUGGCUUUUGUUUUUGCUUUUAAAUCCUAAAUGCAUAGAUUUUCAUCCAUUUGGUAUAGCAGGAAAAAUAGGGUAGAUUUCUGUCUCCCUUUUGAUAGUAAUUAGUCUGGUAUGCCAAAGCUAUAUUUAGUUCUGCAAAGGCUUCUACCACCUAAAUAUUAAACUAUUCUGUUGACUGCUAUAAGAUUGAUUACUGUUCAGGCAUCUCUUAAAUUCUUCUACAGCAUUUCUUCAGUUUCAUAAGGAAAAAGGAAACAUUCAAGGAAAAAAAAUUGAGCUUGGAUAAAAUUGCAUAUCUGAAAUUCUAUAUUCCCUAGCCAUUGCUUUCUUCUUUAAAUAUAUCUUUUAAAACUGAUUGACUAUUUGGCAUUGAUUUCAACCAGCCAUACAAUGGUUGGAAUGUUUCUGUCAAGGCCAUGUAAAUAUCAGACCCUGAAUUUCAAAGAGGGAUGAAAGUCAGCCAGACAAUGAAGUCCUUGUGGUACUCUCAAGAUGCUUCUAACAUCUACAGCAUACUCUAGUAUUAACAGGGUGUUCAGAUGUGACUUGUACUGUAUUCAAAGGUUCAUUGAUCAGUGACUGUAUUGUACUGUAUGAAUAAUCAUAAAUUGCCUUGUAUUGUUUAUAAUGACUGUACCACACAGAUUUCCAUGUUCCAGUUUGUCAGCAAUGCAUAUUGCCAGUUAGAUCCUGAAACUAUAUGGUGCUAACUCUUCCAUAGUUAAUGGUGCUUUUGCAGAUGCUAACUGCUGACAUGCUGUGGGGGUGUGGGGAAGUUAAGAAGUGUUUCAUCUCAUAGAAGGAAAACAAACAAACUAGAAUUGUUUUACAGUAUCAUCAAUGAUUCAGUGUUUUAUGUGUGUACUUUUUAUUGAAGUUUUCAGCUGAUUUCUUCAAAAAGCAGCUCUCUUCUGCUAUAAUAAUUUCUUCCUAAAAUUUGUUUUUGAAUGCUAGACUUGCUUAUGUACUUCAGAAAAAAUGUCUCAUAACUUGUGUCUUUGAUUCACAUAAUCAUGAUCUGGAAGAGACCUGAAGGCUAUGAGAAAAAUCUGAUAAUCUUUGUAUAAAUUAAGUGCAUUCAUAGGAUACAGUCAGAUGUAGCUUUACCACUGAACUACAACUGAUCAUAGCUUAUUAUAUUUUAAUCUUGUUGUAUUCAUGCUUAACAAUAAUUUAAAGUGCACAUCUAAACGGUACUAUGUAAAGAAGCUCACAGUGGAAAAUGAAAAGCUGAUCAAGAUAAAAUCACUGUUUCAUGCAGCCAAAGGUGAUAUUUUCAUGAAUACAGAGCUACAUGUCUGAGACAAAAUAAUGUUUAAUUCAUUUAAAAUAAAACAGUACUUUAAUGUUGCUUUGCUCUUCUUUUGUAAAAUACUACACAGCUAUAAAUUGCUGUAGUCUUAUGAAAAAAGGAUGAUUCUGUUUUUUUCAUAAUCUUAUUUCAGCAAAGGAUAGGAAAAAGAAACUUUUUUUUCUUUUGGUGAACAAUAAAAGGAAGAGAAUUGUUCACCAGCACUUGAAAGAAACUGGAAUAUUUCUUAGCUGUCAAUUUAUUUUUUAAAAAGCAUAUUUAUACUUUAUGCUUUUUAUAUUAAUGUACAGUUGCUUCAUAUUAUCCCAGUGGUUUAGGUAGAUUGUAACAUUUUGAAAGAUAAACCCAUAAUUAGUAAAGCCCACAUCUACUUUUAAGAUAUGAGUAAUUAUCUCAAGAGCUGAAAUAUUUAUUUUAUUUCUGAAAAUUGAAGAAAAUUUAGAACAUUUAGAACAUUUUUGCUAGUGAGUCAGGGAAGAGGCAGAGAAAUGAAUGGUCCAUGUUCCAGGAAAGAGAAAAAGUAACACAGUCUCCAUACAAGUUAUAGGUAUAGAAACCAUUCUACAUACAGUAUACCUGAGGUUAUUCACUAUAUCAUUUUGGAUGGCAGCUGGCAUGAGUAUUUUUGAAUACUGCUUCACAUCAAAAAUGCCCUGAAUAUAAUGAUCAACAUGGCAGGGAGGAUACACUCUCUUCCUGGUGUGCUUAGUGAAAGUUUACUUUUUUUCUACUUUAUGUGAAGCUAUUUCAAAACUACAUUUUCCCACUUGCAGAUAUUCUUUAUUCUGUGAAAGAAUGUAUCUUCAUAAACUCCAGAGUUAAAGAAUAAAACACAGGAAAGAAUGAAUAAGUGUAAUACAAUCAAAUGUAUAUGUGUAAAUCUGAAUAAAUCUCUGCACUUUAAAAAAUAGCAUUUCAUGUCUCUUCUGGCCCUGUUGGAUUUUUUAAAAUUCUUAUUUAUUUUGCUGUUUUUUUGAAAGCAUGAGCUGCUUUUUGCAAAAAUUAAUAUAAUGCAUAUUUGUUAUUUUGAUAAGCUUAUUUUCCCCAUUAUUGGCUGAAUUUACUUACUGUUAUUUGCCACUCUUUGUUCUGUCUUACAAUAAAUGGCUUACUUGUGUAGUCUUAAGCAUUUAUUUUAGCCUAAGUUUGAACAGAAAGAUUUCACUUCUGAUUGUAAAAGUGCAUACUUACUUUCCCCAACUGCUACAAUUUCAGUUUAACCUAGAG